AAGAACUCGGGUAGCCUGAUCCCUAAAAGCAAACGAACAAAGUCAGUCUUGCAUCGGCUCGAGUUCGAGCGUUGCCACAAUUUCACUCGAGGAGGACACAAUUUCAGUUGACGAGGGCCGACGACAUCAAUCUCGACAAAGAAGCUACGUAUAGAAGAACGACGAACAACACCAUGGAAUUGAUUUUGCUCCCGAAUGAAGACAUCAACAAGAUGUCGUUUGCCCAGCUUCAGGAGGCCUGCAAGCAGCGAAAGCUGCCUCUUGCUGGGAACAAGGAUGGGAUGAAACGGAUUCUCGAAAAGCACAUGCGCGAUUUCUUGUGCAACAGCGAGAAGGUGACGCAAAAGAGAUACGCGCAUCUACUUUGCAGACUAUCAGGAGACGUUCCCGUGGAUCCUGUGCUUGCCGAAGAUGAGUGCAUAUACGAGCGCAAGAAGAUGGAAGCGUUCUUUGAAGAGACGGUGGUCGACGGAAUGGUAACGUCGCCCUGCACAGGAAAACCCAUGGGACUCACGUUGACUCCAGUUUCUUCGCAGACGAAGGAAUUGAUCAUGGCAUUGGUCAAAAGUGGCGUCUUUGUUAGUCCCGACGUCGAGCAGAUGAUUGCCAACAAGGCACUCGAGAAGAAAGCGCACAGUGGAGACCGCAACGCCAUGUUUCUCGUGGCCGACAACUUGCGUUUUGGCAAAAACGGUUUUGCAAAAGAUGACAAGUCGUCCUUUGAAUGGAUGCAGAAGGCUCACAAUGCGGGUCAUCCGUCGACAAUGGCGUGUAUCGGACACCGAUACUUGGUUGGGAUAGGAGUGGAAAAGAAUACUUCCGUCGGGCUCACGUUGAUGGGAGAGGCUGCUGGCCAGGGGUCCGAUUGGGCUUUGUAUUACAUUGGUCGCUCCUAUGCGAUGGGAGUGAACGGUUUCAUAAAGGACCGAGCCCAAGCAAUUGGGUACAUUCAAAAGGCGUUGAACGACGCAUCUAUCAAGCAGAUGUCCCCGGCAACCGUAGCAGAAGCGAACGAGCUCCUUGCCGAACUCGUAGAAAGCGACAAGAACUAGAUUGAAGGCAAGAAUGACAGAAGGCAAGAAUGGCAACUACAAGGUGAUUCGAGCAUGCGUGGAUUAGAUCUUCUUCGGUUUGUUUUUGCAAUGUUUCGAUUCGAAGCCUGGCUACUGACGACGUCGAAUCGAAUCAAUACUGUCGCCAAGCAAUUGGAGCAUUUACAAACUCAAUCAAAUGCAAUAUGAUAGAACUGGUUUAGUAUUCGUACAUCCAAGUUAAAACUAAGUACAUUCUUGUCAUCU